AUGUUGCUCUUCAUCUUGCUUUGGCUCUUCAAUUUCAACCCGUCUCUGAGCCUAAAAAUCUGCUCCUUCAAUGUGAGGUCGUUUGGAGAAACUAAAAUAGCCAGACCUGAAGUUGUUGAUGCCGUGGUAAAGAUCAUUUCUCGCUGUGACAUCAUGUUGCUGAUGGAAAUAAAGGAGAACAAGAACCGGGUUUGUCCGCUCCUGGUGGAGAAGCUCACCAGGCAACAUCUGGUUUCAGUGAAACAAACCUACCAGUACCCGGACACCCAGCCUGGAGAUGAGGAUGCCUUCUCCAGAGAGCCCUUCACCAUCUGGUUCCAGUCUCCAAAAACUGCCGUCAAAGAAUUUGCUAUAAUCCCUCUACACACCACACCAGAGACAGCAGUACGGGAGAUUGAUGAGCUCUAUGAUGUGUACUUAGAUGUAAAACAGCGCUGGAAAAUUGAGAACUUCAUCUUCAUGGGGGACUUUAAUGCUGGAUGUAGCUACGUUCCCCAAAAACACUGGCAGAACAUUCGGCUGAGGACUUACUCUGAAUUCAUCUGGCUAAUCAGCGACAAAAAUGACACAACAGUGAAGAGAAGCACAAGCUGCCCAUAUGACAGAAUCGUGGUCAGCGGUCAGAAGCUUGUCCAUGCUGUCAUGCCACAGUCCGUCAAUAUCUUUGAUUUCCAGAAGGACUUCCAGAUGACCGAGGAGCAGGCACUGGGGGUGAGCGACCACUUCCCAGUAGAGUUUGAGCUGAAAGCAAAAGGUGGGUUCUUCAACUGGCUGAAAUCAAAGUUUUCAAAGAAGAGGAGACCAAGAAACAGCCGCCGCUGGAGCUCAUGA